AUGUAUGAGAACAUGAACACCUUAUAUUCAGGUGCAAUGACGCAAUAUAUGCCUACAGAGAUAAUAGGCAAGGUAGGUCCAGAAGAGAUACCAGAUAUUCAAACUAUUGUGCCAAAUGCAGAAAUAGGCUAUAUGCCCGAAGUAAACUUAGAAGUUCUGACACACUUACAUGACUUCUUUGUAGACUACCCUCUAGCACCAGAAAAGCAAAUAGUACUUGAAAACUGGUUAAGUUCAUAUAACGCAAAAUUAGUACAAGACAAAAAAGUGGGAGGUGAAAAAUAUGUAACAGAAGAAAAGCUCGUCCAAACCCUUUAUCUCAAAAAGAACUACAUGGUCCAUUAUCAUGCACUCCAGCUAUAUAUGAGACAAGAGCUAAAGGUCACAAAGAUCUACAGCGCACUCAAGUUUAAGCAAUCCCCCUGGAUGAAAGAAUAUAUUGAGAAAAAUAUUCAUAAAUGCAAAAUAGCAAAAGCCAAUGGUGAUGA